AUGGGCUUUUGGUGUAGGAUGCUGGAGAACGAAGAGCAGGAGGAGGUGAUCACUGUGCGUGUUCAGGACCCCCGUGUGCAGAAUGAGGGCUCUUGGAAUUCUUAUGUGGAUUAUAAGAUAUUCCUCCAUACCAACAGCAAAGCCUUUACUGCGAAGACGUCCUGUGUGCGGCGCCGCUACCGAGAGUUUGUGUGGUUGAGAAAGCAGCUACAGAGAAACGCCGGUUUAGUGCCUGUACCUGAGCUUCCUGGGAAGUCAACCUUCUUUGGCAGCUCGGAUGAGUUCAUUGAGAAGCGACGACAAGGUCUACAGAACUUCCUGGAAAAGGUCCUGCAGAGUGUGGUCCUCCUGUCAGACAGCCAGUUGCACCUCUUCCUGCAAAGCCAGCUCUCAGUGCCUGAGAUAGAAGCCUGUGUGCAGGGCCGAGGCCCCAUGACUGUUUCUGAUGCCAUCCUUCACUACGCUAUGUCAAACUGUGGCUGGGCCCAGGAAGAGAUGCCGGGCUCAUCUCACCUGGCUAAAGGAGACCAGCCUAAGAGUUGCUGCUUUCUUCCACGAUCUGGUAGGAGGAACUCUCCAUCACCACCUCCCAGUGAAGAAAAGGACCGUUUAGAAGUGUGGGCUCCUGUUGUUGACUCUGAAGCUCCUUCUUUGGAGAGUCUCACUCUCCCAGCCCUCUCUUCCCCAUCACACUGUGAUUUUGCAAGGCCUGCUGAAGGAACCUCUCCUGCUCAGCCUGUGAGGAGGGUCGUGGGAGGGGACCAGUCAGCCCCCUUGUCUCACGUUGUGCCUUUGGACCCUGGUCAGUUAGAAAUAGUCUUGGAAAAGUGA